UCCUUUCUCUCUAUGAGGCUCGUUUUAAUCGUCUGGUCUCGUGCAGCUCCGUGUGAUUCACAGGCGCGCAGAUAAAGGCGCGUCGCGUCGCGUCGCGUCGCGUCUCUCAGGGAGGCGGUGAGAUCGCGCAAUGUGUCCGUCGCAGGAGCGCGCUUUGAACUGAGACCCGCAAUGACAGUCGGAUCUCACGGUGAACAACAGUCUGAGGACCCUGUGCGCGAGAAGAGCAUGAAUUCAGUGGAAACGACCGUCUACUGUUGAAGAAACUACAGGCAGUGCAUUGUGGAGGCAUUGGUGUUCUCAGUUCUUUCAUUGGUGCUGGCUUUGAGAAGUUCUCUGUGUUCGGUCUUUGUGGAAACAGGGUCUUUCAAGCAUGUUCAGUCCUCUGAGCGGAAAGCAGCAGCCGGCUGGUCCAGGCCUCACAGAUCUGCAGCAGUACAGUCAGUGGCUGGCCAGUAGACAUGAGGCCAGUCUGCUGCCCAUGAAGGAAGACCUGGCGCUCUGGCUCUCUAGCAUACUGGGUGUAGAAAUCACAGCAGAGAGCUUCAUGGACAGGUUAGAUAACGGUUUCCUGUUGUGUCAGCUGGCUGAGACUCUGCAGGAGAAGUUCAGGCAAAAUGACUUGGAUGUGAAUUCACCAGGAAAGUUGAUCCCCAGCCGCAGGAUUCCCUGCAGAGCCAGUGCUGCGUCCGGUUCUUUUUUCGCCAGGGACAACACAGCCAACUUCCUGUCAUGGUGUCGAGAGGUGGGUGUGGACGACACCUGUCUGUUUGAGUCAGAUGGGCUUGUUUUACACAAACAGCAAAGAGAGGUUUGUCUAUGUCUGCUGGAGCUGGGAAGAAUAGCAUCCAGAUAUAAGGUCGAGCCACCUGGUCUUAUAAAGCUGGAGAAAGAGAUCGAACAGGAAGAGAAGACGCCUGAAGCUCCGCUCUCACCCAUUCCUCCCACUUCUCAAUCUCCAUCUGCUUCUCCAUCCACCUCUCCAUUCAACAAGACCAACUCCAGCAAGAAAAGCACCGGCAAGCUCCUGGAUGAGGCUGUGAAGCACAUUUCUGAUGAUCCACCCUGUAAGUGCCCAAAUAAGUUCUGCAUAGAGCGACAAUCACAGGGCCGUUACCGUGUUGGAGAGAAAAUGCUUUUCAUCAGAAUGCUGCAUAAUAAACAUGUGAUGGUGCGAGUUGGUGGAGGCUGGGAGACGUUCGAGAGUUACCUGCUGAAGCAUGACCCAUGUCGCAUGCUCCAGAUAUCUCGUGUAGAAGGCAAGAUCUCGCCCAUCUCCGGCAAAUCUCCCAACAUCAGAGACCUCGCGCCCGACAGCUACCUGGUAGUGGCGGCCCACUACAAAAGCAAGAAGUAAAGAAGAAAUGUACUAAAUAAAACAAUGACUUUUAAUGUAGCAUUGAACUCACUGGCUAGCCAUUGACACAUUGACUUCCACUGGCUUUUAGAACUACCAAGUGUUAAAAGGAAAAAAAAGAAAAAAUCCAAAAACCAAGUCAUGAUAGUGUAGAUCAGCUAGUCUGUGUACAACAAAGAUACAGGAGGAACCGGAAUACACAAACAAGGCUGUUUUCUCGUAUACCAGCUUCUUUCAUUUCUUUUCUUUUUAAUCUCUUUUUGUUUAACUGAUUAAAUAUAAAUUGCAUAAUAACCUUAUAAUUCAAUCAUGUGUAUACAGAGUGAAAUCGCUGGAUGAAUUCAAGUAUUCACUUCUACCCUGGUGGCUAUUCUUUUUAGUGCUUCUUAUAUCAUCUGUAUUAAUGAUUUUUUUUUUACUUCUUUUUAUGGGGUAUUAUGUAAAGUUAGCUUUUUUCAAGUAAUUAGUAAAGUAACUCAUUACUUUUAAAUAUCUGAGUU